UUUGUUGGGGGAUAAUUUGUGGUCUGUUACCCAACUAAUCAUUCAUUACUUUAGCUGAAAAUCGGCUUAUUUCUAGUAAUUAUGAAAAUGUUACAUAGUCACUGAGCUUCAGUUACAUUUUUGAGGCCCUCAAGUAAUCAGUGCUUGGUUAUUUUUUUCGUUCGUGUAAAAAUUGCACGUCGCAAAAUAAACCAAGAGUAUGAAUCUCUUAUACGCCCUGUGCGCUCUUUUAAACGGUGCGGUGGUUUAUUCCGAUGUAAUGCUCCGAGAGACACGCAUUGUCGGCGGUCAUACGAUGCAACGAGGAGAAUGGCCCUUCUUGGCUUCCUUACAUUAUUUGCAACCUUUUCCGUUCACACGUAAAACCCAUAUGAAACAUCUUUGCGGAGGAGCACUGAUACAUCCGAAAUGGGUCCUGACUGCCGGACACUGUGUCGGGUUUUUCGACGACCUGUCGGUGGAAAAUAACUGGAACGUCGUGCUGGGAGAACACAAUCAGUAUUUGAGAGACAUCGGAGAACAGAUUAUCAAACCAGAGAGAUUCUUCAUACAUCCAGGAUUCAAACCUCACGAAACUAAUAAUUUAAAGAACGACAUCGCGUUGAUACAGUUGAAGGAAGAGGCAGCUCUGACAACGUUUGUCGAUGUUAUUCCUACAUCUAACAACACUAGAGUGAAGGAUGAUACUGAAUGUCAAAUUGGAGGCUGGGGGCAGUUGGCCAGUAAACCUUACGGCUGGGGUAUGUUUAUUCCCCUCAAGACUACUUUGUAUGUGAUCAACAAUUACACGUGCGGUGAUGCCUACAGAAAGCUCGAGUACAGUGAAGGUGAUAUUCAUAUGAUUGUUGACGAAUCCGUGGUGUGUGCCGGGGUACCAGAAAACAAACAAUCGCAACAUCAGAAAGACAACAACGGAAACUCUGACGCAUGCAAUGGUGAUUCCGGCUCACCGCUUCUGUGCCCGACAGGUCCCGGCGGCGAAUACGAGGUUGUCGGCGUUGUUUCUGCCGGGAAAGGUUGUGGCACUGGAGUAUACCCAGGAAUUUACACAAAGGUUGCAUACUACGCCCAAUGGAUCGCCGAAAUCAUGGGAAACAACUGAUGUAACAUCAAGAGCUGUUGUGUGAAGACAAUUUAAUCAGACUUCAUCAAAUUUUACCUUUUUGUACUUGAUGCUCUUAUGAUUUUAACUACCCUAUCUUGUUUCGUAAGGAAUAUAAGCUCUAGAUAUACUUUUGACUGCGAUUAUAUUUGAU